GGAAUCAUUCAUUCAUCACAAAUCACAACGACAUCGAACCAUUUACACUUUCUGGCAUUGCGCCUCUCAGCCCUCCCACUUUUUCGACUCAGCUCACACUUGUUUUCUUUUGCGACUUUCCCUACUUAAUAACCACUUGGUCCCUCGGCCUUACCUGUCGUUGAUACCUCUGCACACACCUCAUACAUUACAACCUUGUGCCUCACACAUUUCACAAUGAAGGCUUUCGCUUCCAUCGCCGCUUUUGCAGCCUUUUCUUCUGCCGUCCAUGGCGCAACCGUUACGCUAAAAGAAACCGCCUGCAUCACAAGGACGCAGUUGGAAGAAUUCACCAUCGAGGUUGACAAACUCGUCGUCAAACAACUCGACACAGUCUGCGGUCUACAAAUCAUCUCCGCGGACGGAGUAGACGUGAACUCGCUCUCCUGUCUCGCAUAUAAAGAUGCCGAAGGCACCGAUCGUGGCUCGGCGGUCUUUACCUUCGCAACCCCCGCCCUCAUUUCCACAAACCCUGUCCAAGAAGGCUCCAUUCGCUGCAACUCGACCGGCGGGCCAGAGAACAAGGCCAACAGCUCUACAACCAUGUCGACGCUUUCGACAGCAGUCGCGUCAACUGGUACUGCGCUUCCAAUCAGCACGGGAAAUGUUACCGUGCCCACUGGAACCCGUACACCAACUCCAAGCAGCGGACCCAGUGCGACUGGCAGUAGUUCUCCAGCUCAGUCGACGGGUGCCGCGGCCCAUGUUGGGCUGAGCGUUGGGGCGGCUGUCGGUGCUUUUGCUGUGUUCUUUUUGUAAGCCGGCUGGUUCUGUAACCCACUACGCGGCCACAUUGCAUUGGAUAUGGUGUUUUACUUUUUCUAGUCAACAUAUGGGAUUGGGGUUGGAUUUGGAGAUGGAUUUGGAACUGGAAAAUGGGCUGCAUCACUUGGCGUCUGUUCUUCCUUAGACAAAUUUGCUGCAUAUGCCUAUUCAGCAUUUGAAUGCGUAGAUGUAUUUACUUAAUUCUUAAUACUAGAACAGCCACACCUAUUUUCUAUCCGUUGUCUCGUUGUCUACACCCUCAAUAUAGCUGUGCUCGUGGAAGUUGGCUAGGGUAUAACUUGGUUAUACAAAAGAUGUUCGGUUAGCCACUUGAAGGUCUAGGGACCAAAAAAAUAUGUGCAU